AAUACAUUUUUUAGUUUCUUUGGAAACUGUUGUGAUUUUUAAUAAUAUAAAUAUAUCAAUGUAGGCUGCUACCAUACAAUUGUUGAUUUCGAUUUACCAAUUCUACUUUUUUGGAAAUAUCAAAUUGAUAUCUUUAUUAACAAAAUAUAGAUUGACAAUAACAACUGUUAUUGAAAGUUAAGGGACCUUUGAGUUUGAAUUAAAUAGCUUCUGUCUCUUACAUAAUAGGAGACUAGGAAUAUUAUCCAUAUCGUAUUUAUAGAAAUGGAGGAUGUUGAAAAUCCUAUACUUGAUCAGAUUUCGUUAUUUUCGCUAAAGGCAGAACAUACACAUGAGUUCACCACGAGUGGUAUCCCAAUACUGCUGAAAAAGCUAGAGACAUACGAAGAAUAUUUGGAAGUUAGACCAAUACUUGAAGGUGUUUCUAGGUGUUACACUGUACAUCCUAGGGAAUAUGUAGAAAAGAUGCUAUCUACGCCGUUAUUUUACCCAUUCAUUAUUCAGCUAAACACUAAAUCUAACGAUACAUUUGAUAGCUCACUGAAUGGUACGAACGACCAAAAACAUAAGAAAAUUGUUGCAUAUUUUGAGAUUCACGUGAUUCCUCAUUUGGGUCGUUUGUUUGAUUCUCGUCUGGAACGGGUUAUUGUGGAUCCAGAGUAUCGCAACCUGGGAAUUUUUAGUGAACUACUAAAUUUCACGGUUAGAUUUUGCACUUCUGUGCUAAAAUGUAACCGAAUUGACUUGACAUCUGAAAAUCCAAUAGCUAUCAGAAUGUAUGAAAAAAUCGGCUUUGAGAAGGUGGAUUCAAAUGUGUAUAGAAAGUAUUUAUAGUGUUUUCAGAGAGUAAUUUUGUAUUAUCUGCAAAUAUUUUUAUUCAUUCUGGAUUUAAAGGUUGUUCAGGGUCUAACAAAUAUUUGGGUUCUUUCUUCGUACUCAGCAUUUCUGCACACGCAGAAAUUUUGUAAAUAUCGAAAAUAUUUUAAUAAUAUGGACAUAUUAGUUCAUUAUUUCACACUAUUGUUUCCUUUGCCACACACCAAAGGAGCGAAGACACAUUUCCUUUUUUUGGCUAUAUUCACGGAAUGCCAACAACUAU